GGAAUGACCAGUGGAAGCUUACGGCUGCCCCCUAAUUGUUCACACAGCCACAUGGUUACGGCACGUGGCAACGUUAGUAGUACUGCGCUUGUUCAUCAAGCUCAAGGUCUCUAUCGAAGACGACAGCAAGCGACCUUCUCACAAGCCAUUAUUAUUGUCGAACAAACUCGGGCCUACGAAGCGGAGCACUAUAAAUUGGCAUGUUAUUCUACCUCUCACUUCUCGCAGUCCUGGCAUCACUGGUGAUGGUCGGCUACCGCUACCGUGCAACUCUUCCUACGAGAGUUAAGGCUUUCUUCCCAAGCCUUAACCACUACACGCCGCUUGCCUCUUUCUCUGAUCAGGCACGUGCAGGGCUGAGCUCUCCGAUGUUCGAUAUCGAGUCAGCCAACAUCGCCGAGGGAGAUUCGCGAGCGGGACUGGACGAACAGGGAACGCAGGAGGUGCUGGACAUCAUGCGUGCCCAACGGGUCAAUUUCGACCAAGCAAGAUUGAUCCGCCACAACCAAAUCCUUGCUCGCAAUGGGAUCGAUCCGUCAGGCAUGCCACUUGAUUCAAAGGCCGUUACGAGACUGUGAUUGAUUUUUUUGGCUACUUUCAUACGUGUUCCACGCUAUCAGUAUUAUCAUCGAACCCACUGAUUUUCACUCCUUCGUCUUCUCACAUCUGGCACGGACCUUAUUGGAUUUAUAUCAUAUACUCUUGUAUUUCACGAAAAACGCUUUUGGUUUUCACUUCCCUCACUUAGGCAAAUAUCUGUUUGUUGAACUUCGAUGGGGAGUCAGGGACGUCGGCGUGAUACGGUCAUUUGAACUUUUGACUGCCGUGGCUUUACUGUUGCCACUUCAGUGACUUCACUAUGUAGUGCUCGACCUUCGUUCCCCAGGAGAGUUGAAAAUGUUCAGAUUUAGGCCGAGUAGCAAAUAAACAAUCAGUGACAAAAAUUUUUCUCUGCAAAUCUACC